UUGGCUCUGCGGGGCUGAGCCAGGCUCGGGUGGGGCCGGCGGGGUUUGGGGGUGCGGGGCUCGUUGCGUUCGUGCUGCCCGUCCCGACGCAGACAUGGCGGCCGAGAAGAACCAGCCGAAGGAUGCGGAGGCGGAGGGGCUGAGUGCCAAGAACCUGCUGCCCAAACUGAUCCCCUCGAACGUGGGCCGGGAGUGGCUGGAGCAGCGCCGGGCCACCAUCAGGCCCUGGGGCCCCUUAGUGGACCAGAAGCGCUUCUCCAGGCCCCGCAACCUGGGCGAGCUGUGCCAGCGCCUGGUCCGCAAUGUGGAGUUUUACCAGAGCAACUACGUCUUCGUGUUCCUGGGCCUCAUCCUCUACUGCGUGCUGACGUCCCCCAUGCUGCUGGUGGCCCUAGCCGUCUUCUUUGGUGCCUGUUACAUCCUCUACCUGCGCACUCUGCAAUCCAAGUUCAUACUCUUUGGCCGUGAGGUGUCCCCAGCCCAUCAGUAUGCAUUGGCCGGAGGUGUCUCCUUUCCUUUCUUCUGGCUGGCAGGCGCAGGCUCAGCUGUCUUCUGGGUCCUGGGAGCCACCCUCGUGGUCAUCGGCUCCCACGCAGCCUUCCACCAGAUUGAGCCCGUGGAUGGGGAGGAGCUGCAGAUGGAACCCGUGUAGGCGUCCCCCAGGACCGGCUAGCACCCCCCUACCCUGGUCACCCCAGUCAUUCCUGGACCCUGAUGACUCUGCUGCCCCACACCUGAGGCCCUGCCCCACGACUAGUGAGGCAAGGAAUGCAGCUCCAGAAGUAAAAUCUACACUUGUCAUUCCA